UGUUUCUUAUCAAACAUCUAAUGCGAUGAUACACAUGAAUAGUAUACACAAUAUACUGUCGAAGCUAACACGUCAGCAAUGCUUCGAAAUAUAGUAAAGAUAGUGGUACUUAUUUUCAUAUUGGAGAAUGUAUUCUGUGAUACUAACUAUAGACUGAAUACUCCAAUAAUUCCAUCAGAAUACUCCGUCUUAAUCACGCCGUAUUUUGAUACAGCUGAUGACAGAGCAUUCACUUUUGAUGGAGAAGUUACUAUUAAAUUUACAUCUGCAACCAAUGUUAGAGAAAUAAAACUACAUUCGGAGGAUUUAAAAUUUUCUGCAGCAAAUAUAACUAUCACUGGUGGCACAUCGAAUUCAAUAACUGGUUUACAAUUCGAUGAUAAAUAUACAUUUGCAUUGAUAAGUUUAGAAAAUGAAUUGCAAGCAAAUGUUGAAUACAAUUUAAAGAUUGUCUAUGUCGGUCCAAUAAGAAAAGAUUUGAAAGGAUUUUAUAGAAAUUAUUAUUAUGAAAAUGGAGUUAAGAAAUGGUUGGGUGCAACUCAAUUUGAGCCAACGCACGGUAGGAAAGUGUUCCCGUGUUUCGACGAGCCGUCGUUGAAAGCUGUUUUUACGUUGACGAUUGACAGACCUGCCAGCUAUAAGCAAACACGGGCUAAUACAAAAUUACAGAAUAGUGUCAAUCUAUCAAAUGGCUACGUACGGGAACAGUUUUACCCGUCACCUAAAAUGUCGACUUAUCUGGUUGCGUUCCUCAUUUCCGAGUUUGAGGCAACAGUGAAUAUAAAUGGAUCGAAUGAAUUUGGUGUUUACACUCGACCAGAGGCGAAGAAUCAAUCUGACUAUGCCUUUGACUUUGGUCUGAGGGUCGUAAAUGCUUUGGGAAAUUAUUUCGGAAUCGACUAUUAUUCUACAAACAGCCAAAUAGGAUUGGACCAUGUCGCGUUGCCAGAUUUUAGUUCCGGAGCUAUGGAGAACUGGGGUUUAGUGAAAUACAGAGAAGGCUUACUGUUAUACGUGCCAGAAGUGUCAACUCCACAUUACAAGUACAGGGUGGCGCAAAUAGUUGCUCAUGAAACAACGCACAUGUGGUUCGGCAACCUCGUCACAUGCCACUGGUGGAGUAACACCUGGCUUAAUGAAGGAUUCGCUAAUUAUUUCCAGGAUUACAUAACUGAAAUGAUCGAACCAGCUGUAGGAGCAGGUGACAUGCUUGUGACUGGAUCAGUGUACUCCGCUUACGAAGCAGAUGAUUCUCCCGAGGCACCCGCUAUCACCAAUGAUAAUGUCAACUCUCCCGCUGAAAUUAGCGGACAUUUUGGUACAGUAACGUAUCAAAAGGCUGGAUCUGUUAUAAGAAUGAUGCACCAUCUGAUUGGAGACGACGCUUUUAAAUUUGGUUUGAACGCUUAUCUGAGAACCAAUGAAUUCGACGUUGGUUAUCCAGAUAGGUUGUACACGAGUCUGCACAAUGCUGUUGUAACAUAUAACGCGCUAUCGGCAUAUCCAGAAACUGAUAUUACAAGUGUAAUGAGUUCUUGGAUAUCGAAAUCAGGUCAUCCAGUGCUACAUGUUGAUGUUAACUACGAGGAGAAUAAAAUUACUUUAACCCAAAAACGUUUCUACAUCAACUCUUCGAUUCAAUCAGAUGAAUUAUACAAGAUUCCAAUAACAUUAACAACGGGCCUGCUACCGAACUUCAAAAAUACCAAACCAUCGUUUAUAAUGCAUAACAAAACUGAGACUAUUGAUGUACAGGUUAAAACUACAGACAAACAUUGGGUUAUUUUCAAUUUGCAAGAAACAGGUUUAUACAGAGUGAACUAUGAUAUGGAAUCUUGGAAACUGAUCGCUGCUGCAUUAAAAGGAAAUGAUCGGGAGAAGAUUGAUCAUCUAAACAGAGCUAAAAUAGUCAAUGAUUUAUUCGCUUUUCUUUACGCUGACGAAGUGAAAUUUGAACUUCUGUACGAGGUGCUGGAAUUUUUAUCUGAUGAAACACAUUACUCGGUCUGGAACGCUGCAAUUCGAGGUCUAAAUAAAUUACGAUCAUUCUAUCUAGGAUCGGAUGCUUUAGAAAUCAUUGAGGACUAUGGGCUACAGUUAAUUGACAACAUUAUCAACAAAAUAGGCUACGAAGACAAAGCGACGGACGAUUUUGUAACCCUUAGAAAUCGUGCUCAAAUAACAGAAUUCGCUUGCAAGUUGGGACACCAAGGUUGUGUGGAUUAUAGUCUUGGAUUAUUUAAGAGACUCAAAGAGAACGGCACAGAGAUAUCUCCAAGUCUCAGAGUUGCUGCUUAUUGCACCGGUCUGCGAUAUGGCAAUGCUGAUGAUUAUGACUUCUUGUGGCGACGUAUGUCCACUCACAAUGUGGCCAAUGAAGCCAGGAUUAUUGGCGAGAUACUUGGCUGUACAACUGAUAAGUCUCAACUUAAUAGAUUUUUAGUUUCAUCGCAAGUAGAAGACAGUCCUAUAAGGAUACAAGAUUUGACAGUCCCCGUGUCCAGUGUUCUGUCUAAUUACAAGAAUGUACCUGUUGUACUUGAAGCUUUGCAACAGAAUUUUACACUUUGGAAUGAAAUAUAUACAACAUCAAUAGACUCAGUGUUGUCCACUAUCGCCACCAGCUUGCGAACUACUGAUGAAUUUACAAAGUUUGAGGCCUGGUUGAAUUCGUGCAGUCAAUGCAGCGAACAGGCGGUAACCGCAGCACGAGGUGGUUUGGGCAAAGCACGCGCGACAGUCACCUGGGCUGACACACAUAAAGCUGAUAUUAUGAAGAGCCUUAAGAGUCUUGGAACAACUAUCAACGCUUCUUUUGGUAUUAUAUUAGCAGGUCUUAUAUUCUCUAUGUUUGCUAAAUUUUAAGAAUCUUAACAGCGAUAUGUUGGCACGUGAGGGAUAAGUGUACUCCAGUUAUUGACGUGCCAAUUCAAAUGCCGAUAAAUUAUGCUGUUUAACGGUACUUCUGUUUUUAUUUAAUUAUUAAGCACCUAUUGAAAAUUUAUUUAAUUAAUAAAAAUAUAUCUUAAUG